GUGACGCGUGUCUUCUGCGCAUGCCUAAUAGCAACACGUGUGUUGUCGAGGGGAAUGCAUGCUGGCACCGCAUUCUCGUCUUGACAUUUAAAAAUCGACUUAUAUAUUAGUAAUUUGGAUUUUUAUUAGGUGUACAAACAGUUUGGAAAAUGGGAGGCGUUCAAAAGAAAAAGUUCGAUAGGGGAGCGGCCACCAACUACAUCACCAGGAACAGAGCCCGCAAGAAGCUGCAGCUCAGCCUGGCCGACUUCAGGCGCCUGUGCAUCCUGAAGGGCAUCUACCCCCAUGAGCCCAAACACAAGAAGAAGGUCAACAGGGGCUCCACGGCCCCCCGGACCUUCUACCUGAUGAAGGACAUCCGCUUCCUGCUGCACGAGCCAAUCGUUGGCAAGUUCAGAGAGUACAAGAUCUUUGUCCGCAAACUCCGGAAGGCGUACGGAAAGUCUGAGUGGAGCGGAGUCACCAGGCUGAAGGACAACAAGCCCGUCUACAAGCUGGACCACAUCAUCAAGGAGAGGUACCCCACCUUCAUCGACGCCCUCCGUGACGUGGACGACGCCCUCUCCAUGGGCUUCCUAUUCUCCACCUUCGCCCGCACGGGCAAGUGCCACGUCCAGACCAUCCAGCUGUGCAGGCGGCUGACCGUGGAGUGGAUGAACUACGUCAUCACCUCGCGCGCCCUCAAAAAGGUGUUCCUCUCCAUCAAGGGGAUCUAUUACCAGGCCGAGGUCCUGGGACAGACCAUCACCUGGCUGGUGCCUUACCAGUUCUCCCACGACCACCCCACCGACGUGGACUACAGGGUCAUGGCCACCUUCACAGAGAUGUACACCACUCUCAUGGGCUUCAUCAACUUCCGCCUGUACAGCUCCCUCAACCUGGUGUACCCCCCCAAGGUAUGA